UGCUUUAAACAAAAACCUAUAUAGGAUGUUUCAUUGCUAUAUGAAGUUCAGAACACUUAAAGUUUAGAUACUUUUUUUUUCGCGAAAGUCUCGAGUAACUUACGCCGUGUAGCCUGUUAGCUGUCAUGCUAGCCAACCUCAAACAACUUUAAUAUGACACACUUCUUAGGAUCUCAAGAAGGAUCACCUCCACGAGAAUGAGAUCUGACGUUCUGCACCAGAUAUUAUAAGAGGAUGAAAAGCAACAUCAACUAAAGAGUUAAUUGUUGGCCAUCUACAGAAAGUCUUUUUGCAUUACUUCAUCGAAACCAUGGUGGACAACCGAUACGCCACGGCGCUGGUCAUCGGCUCCGUGCUGAGCCUGCUUGCCGCCGUCUAUCUCUCUGUUGCCAUGGGAACGCAGCACUGGUACCAGUACCAGAGCCAGCCGGCCAGCAAUGACGCCAACAACGGCUCGGACCUGCAGAAGCUGGGGCAGGUCUUUGAGGGAGAGGACGUGAAUGAGAGGAACUACAGCGAUGCUCUGUUCUGGCUGAACGGCACGCUGGGUCUCUGGUGGCGCUGCAUCCUGGUCCCCCAAGACUUGCAAGGGUUUAAAGAGCCUGAUCCGAUAAUGGUGACUAAAUGUCAGGCCUUUACUUUGGCACAGCAGUGGAAAUCCAAGUACAAAUCUCCUGGGAAUAUUGACAGUGGAGAAGAUCUGCUGCGUACAUACCUGUGGAAGUGUCAGUUCCUGUUGCCGCUGGUCUCUGUGGGGCUGGUGUUUCUCGCGGCGUUGGUCGGAGUGUGCGCCUGCCUUUGCCGCAGUAUCACUCCCACACUAUUUGUAGGGCUGCUGCAUCUGCUGGCCGGCCUGUGUUCCAUGGCCACCGUAUGCUGUUUCCUCGUGGGCAUGCAUUUGUUACACGAAAUAUCCGAUCUCCCCGAGGGGAUGGACUAUUCACCGGGCUGGUCCUUGUUUUUGGCUCUGGUCUCAUCACCGCUGCAGAUCAUGGCUGCCGCGCUCUUUAUAUGGGCCGCGAGGAGCCACCGCCAACAGUACACUCGAAUGACAGCCUACAGGGUUGCUUAGGCAAUAGAGGACUGAUUAUAGAGUUGCCGAAGGCAUCUUGUGCUCUCACAGAAAGCACUCAGCCAUGUUCGUUCAGCGGCUGCUUUUACCACUAACCAAGCUAAAGUUAUGAAGGAAACAGUCAGAACAUACCGCUCAAGGUUAGUAGGUUAACUAACUCCGUCCACCUGUAGCACUGUCCUGUGAAUAUAUUCAUUUCUUGAAGGAUCUUCCUACUAUAUAACUGCCUUUUUAACCACUCUAUUAGCAUCUGUGCUGUUGUAGACGAGAAACUUCUCAUCCGCAGACUCUCGCUCAACAGAAAAGCAUCUAUAAACAGUAGUUAUUCAGGGCUUCACCUUUUGUUUAGUCACACAGUUACUUAUUUUGAUGUGUUAGGUUGAGGGUUGCAAAAAGGUGGGACAUUUCCAUUAAAUUUAGGAAAUAUUCCCAAUAUUUUGAAAACUUUCCAGGGUUUUUUGGAAUAUUCCAAGGACUUUUGGAAAGUUUCCGGAAAUUUUCCACCCCUUUGCAACCCUAGUUAGGUGUAGUUCCAUCUCCUCAGCGUGUUUUAAAUAACACCUGUGUUUUUAUUCAGCCUGUGUUGUAGCUACUCAUGCAUUAUAGCGCUUUGCAAUCCCAAGAUGCAAUAGGGUUCUGCCUUGGCCUGAAAGACUGAAUUUUAUAAGCAUUAACCACUUGAGCCUUUUGUGUUUUCCUGAACAUUUGGUUUGCUUAUUUAUAAUUAUUUUUAUUUUAUUUUUUGUGCCUUGCAUUGGUUAUACUCUGUUGUUUACCAUUUAGUUUCUCUUUGAGAAUGUAUUCUAUUGUGUACUUCACAUUUGUUUAGAGACUUGAUUAGAAUCCAGUUAUAAUGGUUUGUGAUGGUUUAAGUAGUAAUUUAAAACCAUCUCAGCUGUGGUUUAUAUACAUAUUUAUACUUCAUUUAAACAUUUAUCUGGUGCACGUUGUUUUUUUUUUUUUUUUUUACCAUGAUGUUGUUUUCGAUAUGCUUUGCAGUUUAGGAUUGCAUAAUGUGAUGUUAUGACAACUAAAUUAGUGCAUAUAAAGCCACUUUAAACAUUGGUGAAAUUAGUGCAAAGGCACAAUUUUUUAUGUCAAAUGAUGUGGACGAGAGAUUUAAAACAUCCAGUUACUGCUGUCAUUCAUCACGUGUAUCAUGCACACUUUGACUAAAAAUCUGUAGAUGACUUGCAGUCAGUUGUAGAUUUUACUUAAGAUUUCACUGCCAUCACAUUGUGCAAAAAUCGUACCAGUGGUAAAAAUCACACUGUGCACAUCCAGCUUCACUUGUUUUCAUUGUGCCAUGUGUUUAUUCUUUGUGUUGUAAUAUUUGAAGUCACAUUUUUUUCAAGUGAGUGUGCUUUUUGUUUUGUCUUUUUAUUUCAAGUCCAUUUUCUCAAAGCAAUCAGGCAGGAGCGAAAGUAUAUUAGCAAUACAGUCAAGAGGAUACCUCACACUCCACUGUGACAUCAUCAUGAUGUCAAUACUUCAGAUGGUUUUGCCUUUUUUAUACAGUUUUGUACACGUUUCUGUCAAGUGAACAGUUUGCUGGUCACAAUAAACAUCUUUUCAUUCAAAA